UUUCGUAUUUUGUUGAAUUAGAACAAUAAUACCAAAAUGGCGUCAAACAAACAAGAGAUGCAGAAGUCAAUGCAAGAGUCUUGGGUAGCUGUGGAGGCCGGGGAAGGGACGGGAACGAAAGAACCAAAGUCCCUCUCACACGUUAAAAGUGAAGAAGAAAUCACACAAAUGAUUGCUGAAGCAGUUACUGAAGAGAGAAAGGACCCAAUACCUAUAAUAAGGCAGGAAGAAACAACUAAAACUGAUAUAAGUUUUACUGCCGAGCCAGAGGGUGUAACUAGUACUGCAACAAUGGAGCAAUCAUAUUUGAGGUCAUUUUUGUCUACUCUACUAUCACCAUCUUUUAUUAUUUCACAUUUAACUGUAUUUCUAAUUGGGGUGUUGGUGGGUAGACGAUUAAUGUGAACGGUAUAAUAAUCCGAGAAAGAAAUUUAUUAUUUUUUCUAUAUUUAGUCGAUAAUUUAAUUUCAAAUUUUCUUCAGUUUCAUUGUUGAUUUGUAACUGAUUUGUAGUGCAUUUCGUAUUCAUAAUUCAUCAUUGUGUUACACUCUGUUCGCUCAUUAUUAAUAUCCUCAUUAUAUUACAAUCCUUUAUUGAAGUA